GUGUGAAAAUUUGUUUUCUGAAAAAAUUGCAAUUUGUUUAAAUGUAGAGACGAUUAAAUUUGGGUCGGCGAACGCGAAAUUCGUUUCAAGUAGUUGGUUCAAGGAGCCGUGAAAGUAGCCAAGACAUUACACAUCGCAAUGAAAAUAAUCGUCUGCGUUCAAAUCAACGGAACAAUGAUGCAACAACAACUGCAAAUGAACGUCGUGAUAUUCAAAAUCUACAAGGUGUUGCGUUCGCGUACAGUAGUGUCACCGAUUAUGCUUCUCAUAGGCAAAUUAUAAUUGGUCCAAUGAACGACCGUUGUCGCCAUUGUCAGGCAUUAAAAUUUAAAGGUGAAGCAGAUGGGAUGUGCUGUGCGAGUGGUAAAGUAAAAUUGCCUGAAUUAGGCAGCCCACCACAACCAUUGAGCACAUUACUUAAUGGAUUGACACCUGAGUCUAAUCAUUUUUUGAACAAUAUACGAAAGUAUAAUUCGAGUUUCAAAUGACAUCUUUUGGCGCCACAAAUAUUAUAAGAGACAACUUCAUGCCAACGUUCAAGAUUCAAGGUCAAAUAUACCAUCGAGCUGGCUCUUUGUUACCUUUCGACAACGCAGACCACCAAUUUUUGCAAUUAUAUUUUAUCGAGAACGCAGAAGACGAAGCUGAUCGUCGGUGUGCCAUAAUUACCAACACGCGGAGAAAAAUUAUUUUCGAUUUGCAAAAUAUGUUCCAUGAGCACAACGAAUUGGUUCAGGUUAUCAAAACAUCGCUUGAUCGAAUGCCAUCUGACGAUCAUAAAAUUGUUAUUCGAGCUGAUAAAACACCGGUUGGCGAACAUGCAAGGCGUUUCAAUGCACAAACAGUUGACGAAGUGGCAAUAGUCAUAGUUGGUGAGCAAUUUAAUAAUCGUAAUAUUCUUCAUCGUAGAAAUGAACAACUUGAACGUGUAUCCGAGACUCAUCGCUGUUAUGAUGCACUGCAAUAUCCCAUAUUGUUUUGGAGCGGACAAGAUGGCUAUAAUUUCAACAUUAAAAUGAUAAAUCCAGUAAACGGUCGAGAAGGAACAAAGAAAGUUAGUGCUAUGAAUUAUUACGCAUACAGGCUGCAGAUACGGCAAAAUCAAGACAACCACAUAUUGAGGUGUAGAGAACUUUUCCACCAGUAUAUUGUUGACAUGUAUGCAAAAAUUGAAUCGGAACGGUUAAAUUUUCUUCGAUUCAACCAAGCCAAUUUACGUUCCGAAGAGUAUGUUCAUUUGCGUGAUGCCAUUAACAACGAUGGUAAUGCACAAAACGUUGGAACUAUGAUAAUAUUACCGUCAUCGUAUGUUGGAAGUCCACGUCAUAUGUUUGAGUACGCGCAAGAUGCGAUGUCAUACGUUCGCCAUUACGGUCGACCAGUAUUGAUUGAAAAAAUAAGGCCGAAUUAAAUUGACGAUGUGAUUUCGGCAGAAAUUCCAGAUCUGACAGUGAAUCCUGUAUUGUUUGAAGUGGUCACCAAAAAUAUGAUUCACGGUCCAUAUGGUGCGUUGAAUUUGAAUUCACCCUGUAUGGUUGAAGGGAAAUGCUGCAAACGUUUUCCAAAAAAUUUGGUCUCCGAUACAGUGACGGGCAACGAUGGAUAUCCCGAAUAUCGUCGUCGAUCAACUGAAGAUAAUGGCCAUUCGGUAAUUUUGAGAGUUAAAAAUCAAGAUUUGGAGAUUGAUAAUCGUUGGGUUUUUGCCAUAUUCACCGUUAUUAUCUAAGAUUUAUAAAAAGCACAUAAACGUAUAUGUUUGCAAUUCAGUUCAAUCUAUUAAAUACAUUUGCAAAUACAUCAACAAGGGCAGUGAUAUGGCUGUUUUUGGAGCAGCUGCUAAUGUUACCGAUGAAAUCACUCAAUUUCAAAUGGGCAGAUACAUCAGUUCAAAUGAAGCAGUAUGGCGCAUAUUAUCAUUCACAUCCAUGAUAGGCAUCCAACUAUAGCUCAUUUAGCUGUUCAUCUUGAAAACGGUCAUCGCGCUUUUUUCACACCCGGGAAUGCAAUGCGAAGAGCUGCGCAACUCUAACUGCAUUUUUUUCGUUGUGUCAAGCAGAUGAUUUUGCGAAAACAUUGCUAUACGCCGAAGUACCCGAAUAUUAUACGUGGAAUAAUUCGAAAAU